UACACUGUGUACGUCUCAGUAUCAGCCAUUCCGCUGGCACUGAUCACACUGACAGACGCUUUGAACCAUCAGAGCUUUUUAGAGCUGUAUUUUUUUUAUUUCUUUUAUGGCACGGCCUCUAUUCACUUCACUUUCAUGAUCAGCUCGUUGUUAAAGCAGCCAAAUAUUGCCAGUUUUGUGGGAUUUCUCCUUCACAUCCUCUUUGGCUCAGUGGGCUUUUUGACGCUGUUUGACUUUUUGCCACCGUCCGCAGGAUGGAUUUUGAGUCUCUUCAGUCCUUUUGCCUUCACCUCCGGCCUGGCAACGAUGGUAAAAUUAGAAAAACAUGGACCAGCAGCUAACCCCGAACUGUACCCUUUCUACAACCUCUACCUCACACUGAGCCUUGACAGUGUCUUGUAUUUCCUACUGGCCAUCUACUUUGAUAAGGUUUUUCCUGGCAAGUAUGGGGUGCCACAUCCUCCUGCCUUCUUCCUGAGGCCCUCCUACUGGUUCAAGCCCAGCAGUGGGUACGUGGGGGUGAGAGCUGGCAGUGAGAGCAGCCACGACCCCGUUCUCAGCGGCAACACCGAGCCGAUGCCCCCGGGCUUCCAUGGGAAGGAAGCAAUCAGACUAAACAACAUUAAAAAGAUAUAUGAGAAGAAGGGCAAGAGCACCGAAGCUUUAAAGGGUUUGUCCUUAAUAUAUGAAGGCCAGAUCACUGCAUUGCUUGGCCACAGUGGGGCUGGGAAAACUGCUCUUUUAAAUGUGCUUAGUGGAUUUUCCAAGCCUUCUGAAGGUUCUGCAAUGAUAUACAACUACAACGUUUCUGAAAUACUGGACAGGGAAGGAAUUCAGGCGAUGGUUGGGGUUUGCCCCCAACUUAAUUUGCAUUUUGAAGCCUUGACAGUGAAGGAAAACCUGGAAACUUUUGCCCACACCAAGGGGAUUGAGCGGAAGGAAGUAGAGCAAGAGGUGCAGAAAGUCCUCGUGAUGUUGGACCUCACCGACCUUCAGAAUGUUUAUGCUGAUGCUCUGAGUGGGAGCCAAAAAAGAAAGUUGUCUCUUGGAAUUGCAAUUUUAGGGAACCCCCAGGUGUUGCUUUUGGACGAGCCAACGGCUGGGCUGGAUCCCUGCUCCAGGCACCACGUGUGGAGACUCCUGAAGGAGCGCCGGGCUGGACACGUCACGCUCUUCACCACCCAGUCCAUGGAGGAGGCUGAUGUUCACGCUGAUCGGAAAGCUUUCCUCUCUAAAGGGAGAUUACAGAGUGUUGGCUCAUCCCUGUACUUGAAGAGAAAAUGGGGAAUUGGCUACCACUUAAGGAUGCACAUAAAUGACCUGUGUGACCCAGAACUGAUCUCAUCCCUGGUCAGACAGUACAUCCCUGAUGCUGUGCUCAAAGGGAAGAAGAGGGAUGAGCUGUGUUACAUGCUGCCCCUGGAAAACACUGACAGCUUCCCAGAUCUGUUCAGCCACCUCGAGAGCAGCCUUUUGCAGGGGGUUGUCAAUUAUGAGGUCACCAGGACAACCCUGGAAGAUGUUUUCCUGAAGCUGGAGGGUGAGGAAGCCGUUGAUCGAGAAGGAGACGGAGACCUGGAGGAGAGGGACCAAACCCUCCCGGGGUUUCCCAGGCAGGGGAUCCUGGCAGGGAGUGGGAUGGGGCUCUGGAGGCAGCAAGUGCGUGCUGUGAUGAGAGUUCGCCUCCUGAAACUGCGGCACGACGGGAAGUUCCUCAGGGCCGUAUUGUUGUUGUUUGGAACAUUCAUGCUUCCACUGAUGAUGAUUUUAAUUCUCCUUCAACUGUGGCACAGCUCCAGUAGCUGGGAAAUCACAGCUAGUCCAUAUUUUCUUCCCACUAAGGAGAAAAUUCAAAAUAAGUCCUCAAACCUUCUCAUCCUCAAUGACACAGGCUCGGAAAUAGAGGAUUUCAUUGCUGCUUUGAAGGCUCAAAACAUAACCCCAGAAAUAACUCCUGAGAAGAACAUCACAAGCCUUCCACAUUAUAAUGGAGCUAUAAAAGUAUCCCUGGAAGGCAAGAGCUACCGGUUCACGGUCAUGUGCAGUGCAGAACCCGUCAACUGCUACCCUGUGCUGGUGAACAUCAUCAGCAACAGCCUCCUGAGGCUCUUCAACUGCUCCGCGCGCAUCCGCCUCUGGAGCGAGCUCUUUUCCAGGGUACAAGGCCCAGAUUUAAAGAACUAUAUUUUUUUCCACUGUCUCAGCUACCUGCUGAUUUUGGCUGCUGGUUUGCCUCCCCUCUUGGCAGUGAGCAGCAUGGAGGAUUACAAGCUCCAGGCUCGCUCCCAGCUGCGGCUCUCGGGGCUCUUCCCCUCGGCAUACUGGUGUGGGCAGGCCCUGGUGGACGUCCCGCUCUUCUGGGCCCUGAUGUGCCUCAUGUUCGGGCUUUUGGUGGCCUCCAGCCGCACCUUCCCCUUGCAGACCGGCACCAUCCUGCUCCUGAUCGUUUGCAUCGUUGGCUAUGGGGUAUCUCUCGUCCUCCUCACCUAUUUAAUUGCCUUCAAGCUUCGCAGGGGCCGAAGCAAUCGUUAUGUUUGGUCUUUAAUCUUCAUUCUGGUGAAUUAUGCCAUCUAUAUAAUCAGUGGCUACGAUGAACCGCUUUACUACACCUGUACUUUGAUUCCUGUGUUUCCACCCCUGGGCUGGAUGAUGUUCUCUGCACCACACUUCACAGCUUUUAGCAGCGACGAACUUCUUCACUCCUGGAAUCACAUCUACAUGUCUGUCUUCGUGCCAUACCUCCACAGUGUGAUUUUUGCUCUCCUCCUGCGCUUUUUGGAGAUGAGAUAUGGAGAAGGAGUUGCGAGAUUUGAUCCCGUCUUCAGGAUCCAGCAGAGGAGAGUGGUCGCCCACCAGAACAGGGACCACCCUGGGGAGGAGCCCCCAGAGGUGCAGGCGGAGAGGGAGCGGGUGCGGAGCGCGAUGGUCUCCCUGCAGCAGGAGGGGGAGUCCGCCGUCGUUGUCAACAGUUUGCGCAAGGAAUAUGAAGUCAAGAAAGCCACUUCCAUCUUCAAGAAACAGAAGAAACUUGCUGUCAAAAACCUCUCUUUUAGUGUUAAAAAAGGAGAAGUAUUAGGUCUGUUAGGACCCAGUGGAGCUGGAAAAAGCACAACUAUCAACAUGAUUUCUGGAGAAGUAACAGUGACUGCUGGGGAGGUGCUGCUCAGGGACCACGAUGUAGCCUCCCUGUCCCCAGGGCAGGGCAGCCUGGGCUGCCUGGGCUGUUGCCCUCAGCAGGACCCGCUCUGGCCAGACCUGACGGUGCUCCAGCACCUGGAGGCAUUUGCUGCCGUGAGAGGGAUGAGGAAAGAAGAUGCAGCUCUUACCAUCAGCUGCAUAGGCAAGGCCUUGGACCUCCUGAAGCAUUUCAAGACCCCAGCCAGGAGGUUGUCUGCUGGAGAAGCCAGAAAGGUGUGCUUUGCUCUGAGCAUCCUGGGGGAUCCGGCAGUGAUGCUUUGGGAUGAGCCAUCCGUGGGAAUGGACCCGAAAGGGCAGCGCCGCAUGUGGAAGCUGAUCCAGGCCUCCAUGAAAAGCAAGGAACGAGCAGCCAUCCUGAGCACGCAGUCCCUGGAGGCGGCGGCGAUGUGUGACCGCGUGGCCAUCCUGGUGUCGGGGCGCCUACGGUACAUCGGUUCCCCCGAGGACCUCAAAAGUAAGUUUGGCACAAGUUACCACCUAGAAAUCAAGAUGUCAGACCUGGAGAAAAGUGAUGCUCUCCACGCCGAAAUCCUGAACCUGUUCCCCUGCGCGGCUCGGCAAGAAAGGACCUCUUCCUUGCUCAUCUACAAGAUACCAAUGGCAGAUGCGCUGCCCCUGUCCCGGUCUUUCUCCAAGCUAGAAGCAGUUAAACAGAAUUUCAGGCUUGAGGAGUACAGCCUGUCACUGAACACUUUGCAACAGGUCUUUAUAGACAUCACCAGGGAUGCAGAGGAGCACGACCUGGAUGCAGCAUCCAACGGGGCUGUGGAGCAGAGACCCCUUCAGCCCUGACUCUUGGACCCACAGUGAAAAUAUUCAGCAUAUUUUCAUCAGUGUUGCUGACCCCUGUGAUCAGCUGCAGCCCCAGAACUUGGUUACUCAUUGCCACAACACAUCCAGCUCUGCAGGUGUUCUGCCUCACAAAGAGAAGAAGAAUUACUAUUUUAAUAAAUAAAGCCUUUAUCCUUUGACAAA